CUCGUAAAUACAGAUAUAAAGAGGGUUAAAAUCGGUUUAAAAAAAAAAAAAAACCGAACGAAUAUUCCUGGAAUUUAGGGUUAGGGUUUGAGUUUGACCCAUCGUUGAUCACUGGGAACUAUAAAUCAUCUUUUUCUCUGCAAACCACCCUAUAACCCACCCUGCUAUUUUUCGAUUUGCAAAAAACCCAAUUCAACAAAUCAAAGAUGGAGCAAACCUUUAUCAUGAUCAAGCCUGAUGGCGUUCAAAGAGGCCUUGUUGGUGAAAUCAUUGGUAGAUUUGAGAAGAAAGGGUUCGCUUUGAAAGGAUUGAAACUUUUGACCGUCGACCAAGCUUUUGCCGAGAAGCACUAUGCUGAUUUGUCCGCAAAGCCUUUCUUCAACGGACUAGUUGAGUACAUCAUCUCCGGACCCGUCGUUGCCAUGGUUUGGGAAGGCAAGAAUGUGGUUACCACCGGACGCAAGAUCAUUGGUGCCACAAACCCUGCUGAGUCUGCUCCUGGCACCAUCCGUGGUGAUUUUGCAAUCGACAUUGGCAGAAAUGUGAUUCACGGAAGUGAUGCUGUUGAAAGUGCAAAGAAGGAGAUUGGUCUGUGGUUCCCUGAGGGUGUUGCCAACUGGUCAAGCAGCCUUCACCCGUGGAUCUAUGAAUAAGUGAUUUACGAUUGUGGCUGAUUACGACCACCUGUUGGCGCUAUUGGUCUAGUAUGAGUGUGUAAUCUAUUUUGAACUGGUCUUUUGGUUAUGCAUUAUGAACCUUUGGGCAUGUUAAAUCAGUUUUAUUUAUCGUGUUUGCUUUGUUA